AUGACAACCGCUCACACAUAUAGACAGACCUCGAACGUCGAUGAUGGAAAUGAUCUAUAACUUGGACUAGAGUCCCACUACACCUUCCAGAACUCAAGCCGCCUCCCCAUUUAGUAUCGGCGCAACCCGUGCAUGCACAAUAUCUCCUCGGAUCGCAGCUCCACUUCGUCGUGCUCCACUUCGCCGUUGCCCCCUUCUCAACCACCGUGGUACAACUCCCACUGCCCAGCCACCCUGUCUCCUCCUCGGUCAAACAAACACCGAAGAUGCCUCUAUUUUAGUCCCCGAAAACAGAGCAGGUUUUUCUCUGCUUGCUGCCGUUUGACGCAGCCCAGCCGUGCAGUACCACCAGCCACUGCCAUGCCCUUCCUCGGCCAGGCCACCACAAGCCGCCAGUUCCGUCCGUUGACCCAUAUCCCUCAGCCAUUCAAUACAGAAGCGCAGCCUUACCAAGCCGCGGGACCUCUGUUUUUGCUUCCCGAAACAGAGCCACCACUUGCAGCUAUCUCCAGCACUUUCCCGCUGCCAUCAACCACGGCAAGUGUAUACAGAAACUACCGACGAGGACUUCCCGUCACCCCAGUCCGCCGCAAGCCGCCUCGGGCCCCAGUCAAGCGCCGCACCCACCACCGCCGACCUCAGCUAACUCCGAGCGCUGUCGCACGUUCCCUUCCUUCUCGGUGAGUCCCUGCCACCGCUGUUUACUUUUAUUCAUGUGUAUGUUCAUCACUAGUUUU